UUCGUGUGCUGACAUUUGUCUUAAACUGUGAUAUAUAUAUUCAUGGAUGUCCUCACGGAGAAGAUCAAGCUCAACGCAAUGGGCAAAUAUUGCCAAGUGGAAGAAUAUACGAAGAGUUACAAAAUAUUUUUGGAGAAAAGCCAGCAAGAUUUGAGACUGGCAAAAAAUCUUCGCUGUUAUCUACCAGUGGCAAUGGAGGCCGUUCAUAUUACAACAGACGCGUGCAGAGUAUUAAGCAUUGGAUCGGGAGAUGGAGAGGUGGAUUUGAAAGUACUGAAGGUCUUCAAGGAAGUCACCAAAAAGAGGAUUUUCUGUCGAGUGAUUGASCCCAACGAGUAUUCUUUGAACAAGUAUAAGACAUCUAUUGAGAGCUUAUCACCCRAUGAUGACAUGACGUUUGAUAUCAACAAACCCAAAACAUUUCAGGAGUACAUGACAGAGUCCUUGGCUGAACAAAACCAGUUUGACGUGGUUCAUUUUGUCCAAUCCAUUUAUUACAUGGAUUUUGAAGAGGCUUUAACUCACUGCUAUGAGAAAGAACUUGGCCGUGGAAUGAUCAUGUGUGUUUUUGCUGCAGAUGAUAUCAUGUUUGAGGCGAAACAAAAGCUGUUUGGCAUUUGCCAACCAAACCAAAGUAUCUCACAASUUGUCAAGCAGCAAGGCUGGAAAUACCAAGWGUACAAARACGAGUACAUGCUCGACGUAACGGAAAUCAUGGAUGAUCAAUCAGAGACUGGAAACUUAUUGUUAGACUUUCUCACGCAUACCACGAAUUUUCGUAACACCGCUGGCCACCAGAUGACGAAAGCAAUCCUGGAUGUGAUUGACGACUUGUCUAUUCAAAAGGACGGAAAACUAUUUUGCAAGAAAGUCGACUAUUACACCUUCAUAUUCAAAUGAACUGACAUUAAGACAUCGAAUGACUUUAUCGAAAAUCCGUCCUAAUUUACCUAAACUAGCAUAUCCAUAUCAAUGACGCACAAAUGAAAAGCGAGUCAUUUUCAUCCGAAUGUGAAAUA